AUGGACGCCGGUUCGGUGGGCAGCAGCAGCGCGACCCCGUCGCCGCCGACGCUGACGUUCGGCUCGCCGUUGCCGGCGCACUCGUCCCCGGAUCACAUCAGCCGUGCCAGCCCCAAGUCCGGACUAGGGUCCCUUACCCCGACCCGUUCGACGCCUGAGAGCCCGCUGGGCGCGUCGUUGCCGCCACCACCGCCGCCGCCCAAGCACUUCGGCGUACCAGGACUCCACGGUCUCAACGGACGUGCCCUGUACGGCUCCAUGCGGCCGCCGCCUUCUCCGCCUGGUAUCCCGUCGGACGCGUCGGCGACGGACUGCAGGCUCAUCGACUACCGCGGAGCCAAGGUGGCCGCCUUCUACGUGGCCGGCGAGUACCUGUUGUGCCUGCCGCAGGCGUUCGAGCUGUUCCUCAAGCACCUGGUGGGAGGGCUGCACACGGUGUACACGAAGCUGAAGAGGCUGGACAUCACGCCGAUCGUGUGCAACGUCGAGCAGGUCAGGAUCCUGCGGGGACUCGGCGCCAUUCAGCCAGGGGUGAAUCGCUGCAAGCUGCUCUCGUGCAAGGACUUUGAUGCGCUCUACAAGGACUGCACCACGGCGAGAUCUGCCAGCCGCCUGUGGAACGCGGCGUCCCUCAUGGGUUCCGGCUCUAGUCCUGCCAACGCCAGAGUGUGA